AUGCCACAUGAGUUUACUAGUGCUGCUGUUGUCAAUGCAACACGUCAGUUGUUUGCUGAACAGGGUGUCCCAGAACGCAUCAUCAGUGACAACGGUAGACACUUUGACUCCUCCACCUACAGAGAGUUCGCAACACAGUGGGGAUUUAACCAUGAGACUUCCUCUCCCAACUACCCCAGAUCGAAUGGCUUCAUUCAGCGGAUGAUCCAAACUGUGAAGAACACGCUCAAGAAAGCUAAGGCGAGUGGCAUAGACCCUAACAUGGCUCUGCUGUGUAUCCGUGCCACCCCAAUAGAUAGCUGCAUCCCAAGUCCAGCUGAGCUACUCUAUGGAAGAAAGAUGAAGAAUAAUCUCCCUGUGAGAAUUCCAAACAACGCUUCAUACCGCGACAAUGUCUACCGGCGCUUACAACAGAGACAGGAGACCCAGAAGUACUACCAUGACAAGUCGGCACAUGACUUACCACCUCUUACAGCUGGUCAACUUGUCAGAGUCCAGGACCAUCGAACUGGACAUUGGUUUCCAGCUACUGUCCGAGACAAACUUCCAGAGCCUAGAUCCUACCUGGUGGAGACGCCAAAUGGUCGUCUAUUGCGAAGGAACAGAAAACAGCGUGCAGAUGCCCGACAUAGGCUUCCUCACCGUGACCUGGUGAUACCAGCACCAAAUGCAACACCUGAAGACAAGGCUACUGCACCACCAUCUCCCUUGUCUCGUCAGGACUCGCCCCCACAUGCUGAUGGCCCAAACAUCACCCACAGUGGCCGUCAUGUUAAGAAGCCUAACAGGCUCACCUAUUGA